UAAGACACAAGGAAGGUUGUGAUGAAAUAACGUACCUACCAUGGUUGAAGCUUGUUCAAACUACUAGUUAGUACCUAAUAAGGUCAUUAGGUGUCACAAAACGGCAUGAAAAUAUUGAAAAUAGAAUGAUAUUAAGUAGGAAGGUUAAGUUAAUUCAUUUAUUAUUUAUUAAUAAAGAAUAUCUUUUUCAACAUUUUGUAUGUAUUUCAAAUUUCAAUAUCUUCCAAAAACAGUCCGCCAAAUGUUAAUGUUUGAUAAUGACAUUACGUAUAUAUUAUAAAUACGUCAACUGAGAUACCUACUAACUAGAACGUUUUAUUAUAAAUUUUAAAAAAGGUUUCAUGUACAUAACACAUUGCACAUAAUUAUUGGUUUAUUACGCAUUUCAAACAUGUAUUUAAUUUUAAACAAAAACGACUACCUACCCAUUAUGUUAAGCAUUAAUGCAAUAAACUGUUUAGAACAUACUAAAAUACUUAAUAAUGUAUACUUUGUAUAGAAAUGACGACCAAAAUUCUCAUUAACAAUCGUGAAUACAUACUUUAAAUAAACCACUAUAUAAAUUUAUGACCACGAAAUAACACAACUUGACAAACGCGACUUUCAAGUGAUUACUGGUUGAUAACAAACGUGAUAAUUAAAAUUCACUACUAAAAUCUCACCAACGUUCACAGUUGACAUUUGAUUAGUAAAUGGCUACAAAUCCCGAUACUUUUAUUUUAAUCCUAUUCCCUAAGAUCUUUGCGACAGUGUAUAUAUACUAUCGAAAACACGAUUAUAUUUUUUUAAGUAUUCAAAUACAUAGCAGACACUUGUAACGAGCCGCGAGGCCGCUCGUCGAAUGAUUUCCGAACUGGCGCUGGUUGGCGCAGUGGGGCGCGGUGCUCGCGUCGCUUGCAUUCCUCAUUGCUGUGCAAUUUGAGCAGUGUCGUCGAAGCUCGAGACGCGAACAAAGGAGCGCCAAGGGACGAUCACGUUAACAUACUGAAGCAAAAUGUAUAAUAUAGAUAUAGUGUUCGUUCACCGUGAUUAUUAAUAUUGCUUUUGACUCUUUUAGUAUCUUGGUUUAUUAAAUUUAAACAGCCGCGACCAUGGAUUCGGAAUACGACAAAAAAUUCGAAGAAAUGAAGGAAUACAUUCCUUUUUUGGACAGUAUGAUCAAAAGACUGGAGAGCAACAGUGUGCCAUCAAACCCUCGACAGGCCCAGCUCGAUAAAAUAAGAUCUCUUAGAGAUUUACUACAGGAUAAGAAAAAAAGAAUGAAAAUGGAGAAUCUAUUAAAAUGCGAACAAGUAUUGAUCAAUUUAUACAAAAAAGUGGAACAGAGGGAAAUAAAACAAGAAAUUAAGAGUGAUAGCGAUUUGCCAACUAAAAGUUCAAACCUGAGCCAGGUUAGGAAUAAAUUAAAGUCGGUUGCAUCUAAGUUGAAUCAAGAUACAUUACCAGAAAUCGCUAGAGCGAAUGAAACUGAAGAAGUGGUUGUUCCUGGCAGUAAGGAACCCGCAUUAUUUCAAAGGCGGCCCAAUCUAAAAUCAAUUUCCCCUGCAAAACCUUUCAAUGAUUGUAAAGAUACAUCUCCAAACUCAUCAAAAAGAAACUAUACCCGCGUGCUUGUAUCACCAGAUCGGAGUUCAAAAAGAUGGCCUGACAGUGAGGAUACAAAAUCCGACAAACUACUAUUUAGUAGGCGCUCACCCCGCAGAAUGCCUCGUGCAGUUUCACCUACAUAUCAUAAAAAGGAAAGAAAAAAAGGAAAGGGCACUAAACAGGGCCAGUCGAAGGAUUUAAAUAUUACUCUCAAUGUACCAGAAGAAAAAUUAGGUUCCCUAAGCACAGAUGAUAUUUUAUCCAGAAUAAUCAAUUGCAGUGAUAACGAUGUUGAUAUUGCUACCUUACGUGAACUUCGCUCUCAAAUAUUAGGAGAACUGAAACAAACCGGCGUUGAAGAAGAUAUAUCGGAUUUAUUGCUAAAAUCUUGUAAUAAACAAGCUAUUAGUAAACAGACAAAGACAAAAGAUGAAAUUGAAGAAGGAGAGUUGUCUGAUAGCGAAAGUGAAGCUAUAGAAAGCAUAUAUGGCAGUUUAGUAAUAAUGGAUAAAGACAAAUCUACAAGUACCAUUAAAACUUCAUUAGGUAGUGAUCAAUCACGUAAAAUACAAAUUUGCCUUGUAAUCAAUUCGGAUAAAGGAGAUGUAGUAAAAAAUUCAGUAGAUGAAGUGCCAAAAACAGAUGCAAAUGUUGAUGUCUCUGAUUUUGAGUCAUUUGCCAUAGAAAAGAAACGUGACAGCGAUGAAAUGUCACCUCAAAAUUCUUCUUUGUAUGAAAACCAAAAAAUAACGGAAGACAGUGAAAGUACACAUGAAACAAAUAAUGAACAUAUUAAUGACGAUAAAAAGAAUGAAAUUGCGAAUGAUACUUCUAAUAGUUUACAAGUGAAUCAGAAUAUCGACGACGAUAAAAAUAAUGAAAGCGAUAAACCGAAUUCUCCUAAAUUCUAUAAACCUACAAAUGAAGAUGUCAAAGACUGUAAAUCAGAUUCGUCAGAUAAUCAAAAUAUAUCGACUAAUGCACCUACUUCGGCUCGUAAAAGUACAGAUUGUGUAAGUAUUGACGAAACAAAAUAUUCCUCUGAGACAAAAAGUACUAAUAUACCUCCAAGCGUGGAUUCUGAUGUGACUAAUGUUUUACCGAAUUUGCCUAGUAAAAAUGAUCAGUCGCAAACAAUAAUUAACGAAAAGUCGAUGAACAUUGUUAAAUCCACAGAUUCGUCUGCUGUCGAAAUACCUUUGAUAAAUUUGGUAGAAUCGACAAAACAACAAGUCGUAUCUGAAAUAGAUAUUUUGCAAGCAUUGAAGAAAGAAAUUUUGGGUGAAACAACAUUUCCAUUGGACAAUGACAUAGUGACACCACCUUUACAUCAACCAAAAAUUACUAAAGUAGCGAGCGCUCAAGAAAUAGUGAAAAAUAGAAUAUCGAUCGAAAAAUACAAACAGAAAUCAAAUUCCUCACCGAAGACUUUUCUUGAUGUUAGCAUUAAAUCAUCAAAAGAAGAUCGAAAUAAGAAACAGAGUUUGAAAUUAACAGAAAAAGAGUGUAGCCGAUUCAAUUUUCCCAUUAAAUUGCCAUUAGAUGAAAGUUCCGAGGAUGAGGUGAAUGAAUCAAGUUAUUCUAUAGACGAUAUAUACUGUGAUUUGGCCCCAAAAUCACCUGAUCAUGACGAUUUUGCAGACACAGGUAUUAAACCACCCGUAAUAAUACCCAGUGAUCCCGUUAAAACACCAGAACUAGUAUCUACAUUUGCAGAUGUUGAUAUGAGAAAACCUUUAAAUGUCACGAUCGGUAGUUUACCUAAUUUAAAAACGCUAAAUGACACACAAGUUGAAAACAAAAGUGAAUCAGAAGAAAACUUAAAUUUUGAAAAAAAGAAAUUGCAAUUGGUUGAUCCCAGAAAAAGUAGAACAGAUUCUACUAAUAAAGACGAUGUAUUUCCAACCUUUAAUCCUCUGGAAAACAAUAUUAAUACACAUAAUCAAAAUAAGCGAAAUUCGCUUCCUUCAACAUCAAACAUGUCAUCGGGGCCAAAUAUGACCCCUUUAAUAGCUCCUAAUAUGACUCCAAUUAUGAUGACACCGAAUUCUCGAUCAUUCGAAAUGACUCCAUCUCGCAAUCCCUUCGACAAUGAGGAAUAUCCUGACCGUAAACAUGUUUACGCACCAUUAUUUCCUCCUUUAAAUUCAUUUGAAUCAAAGGAAACUCCGAUGGAAUUUAAUCGAUUUGAAAAUAAUCGUCAGUGGGAAGAAAACCAACCGAAUCCGCUGACGAAACGAGAUGUAGAUUAUAGAAUAUUUAAUCGUGAUUGCUUUCAGAAUGAAAUAAGACAAGAAAAUUUUAUUGCUGAUCCAAGGGAUUCCUACAAUAGAAUGGAUUGUCCUCCUAAUCUACCCUUUGGUAGAUUCGAAGGGCCUUCAACAUCUAUGCCUCCUUUCAGUAGACUUGACUGUCCAUUAACACCUUUACCGUCUUUCGGAAGAAUUGAAUGCCCUGCAACACCGUUGCCUUCAUUUGGAAGACUUGAUUGCCCGGGUACUCCUUUGCCAUCUUUUGGUAGACCAGAAAUGCCAAUGACUCCAGUACAUCCGUUCGGUCGCUCAGAUGGCCCGGUAACGCCAGUACAUCCGUUCGGUCGAUCAGAUGGGUCGAUAACGCCAGCGCAUCCGUUCAGUCGCUCAGAUGGCCCAAUAACACCAGUUCAUCCGUUCGGUCGCUCAGAUGGCUCAGUUACACCAGUGCAUCCAUUUGGUAGGAAUGAUUAUGGACAAAAUUUUGCUGUUCGGCGCAAUAGGCGCAAUCGAAACUCUGAAUUUGACCACUAUUCUAGGUGGGAAGAUGAUACAGAAAAAGGUUAUAGAGAUUUUAAGUUCAAUUCAGGCUUUAAAUCAGAGCAAAGAUUAUUUAACUCUUCUUCUUCUGAAUCGUACAAAAGAUAUGAACCCAAUGUACCUAAUAACGAUAUAAAUAAAUCUCGUGACAACAAACACGAUAGAUAUUAUAGAGAAUACCCUCGAGAUCGUGAUUAUAGAAGGGGAAGAUCACAGAGCCGAGAUAGUGAAAAUAAUCGGCAUCAAUCUAGAGAUAAUUGUAGAGGUGGUAGAAAUUCGGAUAAAUAUAAAUUCUCGGACUCGAAAAAUCAAUAUAAUCCACGCGAGAAAAGUGUUACUCGAGGUAAAUCAAUAGAAAGAAACGUAGCAAAUUCGUUCAAUAGAGCUUCCAGCGUCAGUCGUAGCUCUCAAAACGAUAGCAAAUUAUCUAUACAAAAUUCUGCUGGCCGCUCGUUUACUAUUGAUACGAGUGUGAAAAGUACCUUUCAGGGCUUAGAUAGCGGGCAAUCGGAUAAUUUUAAUGUUCGAAGACAACGAGCCGCCAGCGUUGGACGUUCAGUUGUUCGAGAGUUUGACGACCGCGAUGACCGUGACUCACAUAUGCUAAGAAAUGAUUUACAAAGAACAAUAUCACAACAUUUAGAAAAGCGCAGAAGUUUUAGUCGCGCACGCAGUGUUGGAAGGGAUGUUUCUGUUCAGCGCUGUAGCAGCUUAAAUGAUAUUAAGGCCGAUUUACGAUCUUUUAAAUUGAAUAAUGACAUUAAUGUAAAGAAAAAACAUGAAAGAGAAAAAUCUAACAAACUCAUUAAAAAUAAAGACAUUCACCAUAAAGGUCAAAAAAAUAAUCCAAAUGAAAAAUACUCUCCCAGGAAGAAUUAUAGAGAUCCCAGAAUUCGACGCGAACCGGGAUUAGAUACAAGUGAUGAUAAUAAACAUCACAGUCAUGAUUCUAGAGGCUAUGGAAUAGUUUAUUCUGAUGAUAAUAUAUCUAAAGGUACAAUACUUGGUCCUGGUUCUUGUGUUAAGAAUUACAGAAUUCCAAAAAUUAAACGAUCACCAGAGAAAACAAUUGUCAAUGAAAGUUUAAAAGAAAUUAAACAAAGAGAAACCUCGGAAGCAACGUGUGAGUCGGAGGAUACGAAUAAAAAAGCAGAGACAAGCACACAAGAAUGCACUAAAUCGAACAAUAUGGAAGUAUCAACUAAAAAAUGUAAUAAUACGUCAUCAUCCCUUUCAAAUAAUAAUGAAAUAGAUGUAAAAGUUACUUUAGUUAGUCGUGAAAUACUAUCAGAUUCUGUAAAAAGUUUUGAUGGUGGGAUAAAAAAUAAUGAAACUGAACUUUCAGUUCCAGUCCUUGAAAAUAGCAAUAGGCGAAUAACAAGAUCUCUUAAAUUUAGCUCUGGUGUAGAAUCAUCAUUAGAUUCACCUGUAAAACGAACUAGAAAAUGCAAGAAACCUGUUAUAUAUGAUUCAGAAUCUGAUUCAGAACAAAAUAGUUGUAAAGAUGAAGAUGAAAAAACUGAAAAUGAUGAUGUAAGAAAAACGGCUUUGAAAAUUAAUUUAGUAAACAAAAUUUCGACAUCUAAACAAAAACUUGCAACCGACAAAGCCGAUAAAAAAUGUAAUGAUGAUUUGAAUUCUAGUUUUAGCGAUAUAUUUUCGGAUAAUGUUGCCUCGGAUCCAGUUUUAGAUAAUAUUAACGCUCUGAUAGCGGAUAUAGAUCACGACUUGGAUACAUCAAAGACCAUGGACUCGCAAAACCAAUUUACACAAGAAAUAACACUAGAAAAUAUGCUAGAGAAUAUAACAUCGUCAGAUAGUAUGGAACCCGAAAAAUCUAGUCAAGUAAUAAAUGUUCCGCAAAUCGGGAGGGAACCAAGAUCUAAAGACUUUGACUUUGAAAAGCAAGAAGAAAAUAAUAUAAAUUAUACCAGCUCAAGCGCAUUUGAAAAGUCAAAGGACGGACGAGAAAAUAUACAGGAUAAUAAUUGCACUGCCACAGAUAAGUUAAAUCCCAAAGAAAAUGACAACAUUGAUUCUCUCGAAAAUAGCAAAAAUGCAGAUAGUGAUAAGAAUGAGGCAGUAGUAUCUACUACAAAAGAUGAUGUACAGGAUCAAAACAAAGAAGCAAAUACAAAAGAUCAUAAUGAUGUUAUGACCACACCAGAUAGCACAAUAACUUUAAAUAAUGCGAAUGAAGCAAUAAGUCAAGAGGUCCCUGACAGUACAAAUGAAUCAAGUAAUGAUGUCAUAUCGACCAAUUGUGAAAAUGAUAAUGUCAAACAAAUGUCAGAAGUUCACAGUAAAGAUUCUUCAACAGUCCAUUCAUCGCAAGAUAUAGAUAAAGGGGAUACUAUCGGAAAGUUCUUGUCAAUUUUGCAAGAUAGCAGUAGAAUUAAUGAAGUUUUAUCAUUUCUUAGUGAAAAGUCAUUAGAUAACGAAAAGAUUAAAAAAAAAUUAGAAAAAUUCAGAGAAAUUGUAUUAGAUGAUGAAGAUGAUAAAAAAGACAACAAUAGUUCUUGUAUGAAAAAUGAUUGUAAUGAAACUGAAGUAAAAAGUACGUCGGACUCUGGUGAAUUCCUUGAAGUAAAAAAAUACACAGAAAUUCCAGAUGGUAGUUCUAUACCGGAAUCAAAAUUAUCUAUUGAAAAGUCUACAAAAGAGAACAUAAACAAAGUAACUGAUGAAAAUACGAAUACAAAUAACGAUUCAAAUAAAAAUGUUGCAGAAAAAGCUGGUGAUGAGGGAACUAUCCUUAAUGUACCAGGCACUACGGAGAAGCACGAUAAUGAUAAUGCAAAAGAAAAAGUGAUAAAGAUUAAAGAUAAUACUGAAGAUAUCGAAGAACCACAAACUAAAACGAUUUCCGGUAAGAAAAUAUUAAAAGGUAACCGAAAGAGUAAAAAACGUGGAUUAAAUAAAGGUCAAUCAAAGAACAUAAAUCGUGUAACGAGAUCUGGAGCAAUAUCUAAACCUAAAGGAAAAAAGCCAUCACGAGAGCUUUUAAGUCUUCAGGCGGACAUAAGAGAAAUGUUCAUAAAAGAUGACAUUUUGGGAGGGACUACUGGUAUAAGAAUGUGUCGUUUAGCGAAAUUAGUAGACGAAAAAUCUCAAAGCCCAAAAGAGGAAGUAUCAAAGUCUGAAUAUGAACCAAUUGUACGAAUAGAAAAGUUUAAAAAUAUAAAUAGCUAUGACUCAAAUGAAUCCACUGAAAAAAGCUCUAAGAAAAAGAAUAUUAAAACAAAAUCCAGGGCUGCUCCUGACACCGGAAAUAAAACUGUUACUGAUAAUUCAAAAACCAAGACAAGUACUGAAAAUGACCCAUAUCUUUUUGAAACUGAUUCAUUCAGUGAAAGCUAUACAAAUGAAAAGGAAGAUGAAAGUGUCUCUGAGUGUGAAAGUGAUUCAGCAGAUUCAUUCAAAAGUGAAAAUACGGAACAAAUGGAGGUGAAGAGGAAACCAAAACGAAGGAGACGUGCUUGGCAAGCGGGAGUUAUAGUACCCAAAAAUAAGAAAAAGAAAAAUCAAGCUCAUGCACAACCGAAAUUGACAAAUAACUCUUCCGAUAAUCCGUUGAUACUAGAAAAUAAAGCUAAUAUUCCUGAUCCUAAUUGUUUUACAGACAAGAAUUACUGUUUCAUUAGAAAUGUUUCCACAUAUUCAUGCCGUUUGUGCGAAUAUGAAGGAAGUCACAUAGUUAAUCAUUAUAAGAAGAAACAUCCUCAAAUUGAAAUACCACUCUCUCGUAUGAGUGCUGAUAUAGCAACGGAAGCUAUAAAGCAAUGUGAAAAGGUGAAUCUGCAGUCUAUAAGUAAGCUACCUAGUAACCGAUAUAUUUGUAGGUUUUGCUUUAAAGAAUUUUUUAAUCAUAAAAAUCUGUUGGAGAAUUUCUUUUGGCAUAUAGUAAGUGUACAUACUGGAGAGUAUAAAGAAAGUCGUUCCGGAUGUGAUAAUGACGCUCAAUAUCAAUCUGAUUUAGACAUCCCCCCUCCUCCUGUAGCUCAGAAGGGCCAAUUAAUCGGUUAUAUUUGUGGAAUAUGUAAUUACACACAAGUAUCAUUAGAAAAUUUGAAGAACCAUGUUAUUAAAAGACAUAAUGAUAAACAAACUGAAGUAUUUACUAUCAACAUGUCUCAUAUGUCCACAAAAACAAUGAAUACUCUUCUAAAACGAAUGCAAAAAUUUAGCAAUGCAAAAGGAACUGAAGAACAGCGUAAUCUUAGAAGCACAAGAGCAAAUGUUAAUACUGACGUUAAUGAUGAAAAAAGUGAUUCCGAUGAAAGCGAUACGUGUGACAAUUCAUCGACAUCGAGUUCUAUCCAAGAAAAAAACAAAACAAUUAACGAUAACUUUUUUAGUAUUCAAUCUAAAAUAACAUUUGAGAAUGAUAGUGAUACCGAUAAAAUGUCAAAUCAACAGGAAAGUAUCUUGAAGAAGGUUAAAUUGGAGCCAGAAAUUAUGGAUAAUCCAACAGAAUUUGAAGAAGUAUCUGACAUGAGUGCUCCAUCGCUACCAUAUGAUGAAGGAGACACUCCUAAAGAAAGCGAAAAAGAUAUACCAAGUAACGAUAUAUUCCAAUUACCUCAUUUCAAGGUAAGCUAUUCUGAAUCUGGGUCGAAGGAAUAUAUUUGUUGCAUUAACAAUAUGCACCACUAUAAAUCUACUUUAUUAAUAUCAUUAAAAAGACAUGUACAGAUAAAACAUUCCGAGAAAUGGGAUGGUUAUUGCUGCAUUUGCAAAGCCAUUGUAACUCCUCUAGGAGUGUAUAAUUUUUAUCAUUGUUUAAAUCAUUUUCUCGAGAAUCACUUUGAUAAUAUUCCCGUCAUGGAGAAAGACGCGACAGAAACGGCUGAGCAAACUAAUACACAAACAAAAAAUAUCGAGACCAUGAGCACUCCUAAACCAUUUCUAUCUGUGCGGCCUUUAUCUGAACUUAUUUCUAAGAAUACUGACAAUGAAUAUUCCACAAACACUCCGAGAUUUCCCAAAAUCGAGAGUGUGGUAAGUCUAGGAACGGCCGCGGAAUCCAAUAAUAGUACUCUCGUUUAUCCUCGAACAGAAGUUGCACAAGCCGAACCCAAAAACUACUUAUACGAAGAAGCUCAAGCCGAAAUAAUGUUGAAGAAAAAUAGAAUAGUAUUGGAUGCUAUGAUGACUCAUGAAAAAUUGGUACAUGUAUUCAAAUGUGCAGGAAGAUUUUGCUCAUUUACGACUGACAGCGCAGAAGAUGCUCUCCUCCAUGCAAGCACACACACACGAGUAGGGGGUGACAAUGCAUUGAAAUGUGUCUAUUGUGAUUACGAUACUUCAGACAAUGCCAUCGAUUUGAUAACACAUGUGUUUAAAACACACGGCUACUGCCAAUACGUAUGUGGCUUUUGUUUUUACCGAGCGGCUGCGAGCCAAUUAGUAAACGCGCAUAUUUGCCGGAUGCAUGGAGAUGUACAAGUUAAAACGGUUUUAAAAACUUCCUUUGCGACUGAACCUAUUAAUGAGACAACACCUUUAACGAGAGUAGAUGCAGUUCCAUUCUACAUAUGUAAUAUCGAAGAAGAAGAAAAUGGCGCAUGCAAAUUUAAAACGUAUACCCCAGGAAAGUUUUGUGAACAUAUAACUCUUAAACAUAAAAAUACAACCGAAUAUAAAUGUUUCGUAUGUCAUAUCUCUUCAACAUCGGUGGCAGAAUUAAUUCAACAUCUGAAAACACAUGGACUAAGAUUAUAUCAAUGCGUUUGGUGCGUUUUUGGAGCAGAUAAUGAAAAUGACCUAUUAGCCCAUGCUUCAAGCAAACAUCCAGCAUUACAACCUCAAGCAUAUUUGAGAGUUAUUACCAACAAGGAGGGAACAUCGGAAUAUAGAGUAUUACCUCUAGCGCAACUAAAUAAAUCUAAUAUCCCUACAUUAGAAAUAACACCCCACGGUCUUAAAGAAAAUCCAGUAAAAGAAGCCGAAAGAUCUGUGGACUUGGAAAAACUUAUUGGUCAUACGACAAAUUUUAUAGAAUCUAUGGCUACUACAAUUGAAUCAGAGGCAAAUAACAAAAAUCAAGAUGCAAAUGGUAGUUUUCUAUUACAACCAUCAACAAGUUUCGAUACUAGACCAGUCACUCCCCCCGCAUUUGUUCCAGAGACGUUUACACCAUCUCCAAAUAUCAAGAUAGAGGAGCCGAAGACAUCUCCUGUAAAAUCUUUGAUAAACACAUCUGAUGAAAUAGUGUGCUUAGAUAGUGAUGAUGAGGAUAACACGAAUACUACGCAAAAUAUUGUUAACGAAAGUUCUUUCCCCAGCGAAUUAGAUAAAAAGUAUACAAAGUUGCCUGCGCAACUUUUAUAUUUGUGUUCAAAAUGUAAGCUUAUAUCGAAAAAUGUGAAAAUUUUUAAACUCCACCUUCGAUCAUGCUUCCCUUCUAAUACUGCUGAAGUGCCAUGUGCAUACUGCUCAUUUAAAGGCACUAGAGUACCCUUAGUAAAACAUUAUUCUGACGUCCAUCUUUUAAAAUCAACGACUAGUAAUCUAUUCCAUUGCUUCAAAUGUACCGAAGUUUUCCCGACAGUGAUGCAAGCGAAAGAUCAUCUUAAGCUACACCACAAUGUAACCUCCUAUAAUGUAACCUCGAAAUAUCUGAAUGGACAGCAAGUGUGCAUUGUGGGUGAAAAUGUAAAGAAGACUGUUUCUGGACGCAAACGAUCUUUGGGUAGUGGUGAAAAAGUGGAGGAACCGCCGGCUAAAAUGAAAAAAUUUGGUCCUCAAGAUGUUGAUCAGUUGCCUAUUAACCCUAUCUUGGAUUAUUCAGUAUGUUGCGCUCUAUGUGAAUUUAGUACAAAAGUUCGUUUGAAUAUGGUUCGUCACUUACAACUCCAUGCGAAUCAGCAGCCCGUCCCGCAAACUGCACCAGUGAACCCCGUUCCCCACCUUGAAACCAAUGAAAAGCAUUUCGAUAAAAUGGUGAACCUAGCGUCGAGUUCUUUGAUUAUCCGUACGUCAGAGAAAACUAACAAAAACGAAAGUCCCAUAGUCAGCGUCCUCAUCCCACCUGAAGAGGCAGCACGCUUUCCCAAGUAUGUUCCCGAGAGGCAACGUAACACCUGUGGUGCGAAAGGUUGUGCUUACACAUCCGUUGAUGAAAACAUGUUAAAAUAUCAUUGGGAGGCGUUGCAUUCGGGUAGCAACACCUUUCACUGCGUACAUUGUCCACCCAACCAAGCUUUAGACACCACCCUACCUCUUACAGCGUCUCGCAUUAUAGCACAUCUGAAAAUGCAUGACGUUCGUCUAUAUGCGUGUUCACAAUGUUCUUAUUAUCAUUAUAGGCGUCAAGUGGUAGAUAAACAUAUCAAGGAGAUUCAUAAGACAGGCAAUGUUAUGAUUGUUAGGGAGGAAAUUAGUCAUCCUUCAGCUAAUGCUGCAGUACCCGUGGCGCCAACAGUCGCAGCGCCUACCAUGGACUUGAAACCGUGGCAGUGUGGUCUGUGUGAAUUUAAGAGUUUGUUACGACCAGAAGUAAUCGAGCAUUGCGCGAAGAACCACCAAUCUAAGAUGCAAUAUAAAUGCGCUUAUUGUGCAUUUAGGACUUCAAAUAUGGAAAAUAUAACAAAACAUCAGUCUUUGUCUCAUCAAGGGAAACCCGAGGAGACAUUGUACUAUUAUUACAGAGAGGGCUCUCUGCCAAGCUCUGAUGGGAUUCCAUAUUGGCAAAUACAAAAAAAGAAGUUUAAUAUGCACGAAACGCGUGUAAAACUGGAAACAUCUGAAUCUGUAACGUCAGCUGCGUCCACGGUACCUCAAAAUCCACCUACUACUACAGUUGAUUUGAAUAUAGUAAAACAGGAAGUAAUAGAAGCUCAAGAAGAAACCAUUGAAGACCUCUGUAAACAUUUUGGAGAAUUUUGCGAACCGAAUGGACUGAAAUAUAAAUGUUCGUUAUGCAAGAACGUCAUAGAAGAUACGAAGGAGGCAAUGCAAUCCCAUUUAUAUGAAGAAUUAAAAUAUAGGAAAUGGGGAUGUAGUAUAUGCUUAUACAAAGCUUUUCACAAACGCGGUUUAAGUGAACAUAUGCAAUCUGAACAUCGCCAGAAUCGAGAUCCUGUGGAGUUAAACGUAGACAUGAGAGUAGAGACAUGGGUUACCAAACAAUUGGAAUAUCAACACUCAAUUAUCGAGAAGAAUAAAGAAAAAUUAGCUCAACAGAAGGAAGAAAUCCUCAAACAACCUCCUGGUUCUUCACUAUUACUGUCGUCUCAACCCGACACCGUUUCGAUACCGAAACCUUCGACUCCUAGUACAGAGAAACCAAGCUUGGAAGAUGUAGCGAAGAAAUUUGGUCCCUUUGGUGCUCCUGUAAACAUGUCUUACUGUUGUCCAAAGUGCAACGUUGUUAUUCCGGAAGACAAUCUAAUGCGCGAUCAUCUGGAAACAGAAUUAAACAAGAUCAGGUGGUGUUGCAGUGUAUGUCCACUAACAUUCCAAUCGUAUCACCAAGCUCAAUUUCACUGUAAAACCCACACGGGCAUGUCGUCUCGUCCACUCGAAGCGCCAAGAGACACGGGGCUCAGAGCUUCGUGGGUUAAUGCUGUUUUGGAUACGCAAAAAACCUUAAUGAAUAACAAUCCUGCACCAGAUAAUGCGACACAACCCUCAAACCAAUUACACUCACCGGAACCAGACAACUCCUUGCUCGUAGUCAGAUACGAAGAAAGAGUACCAACACCUGAAGUAGAAGCUAUAAACAGAUCUACCAGUGAAGACGAGAAAUUAAUUAUCGACGAAUCACUCAAGAAUAGAAAGAGGAAAGCUUCCCUUGUUUGCGAUUAUUGCACCUACACAACCACAAGCGAAAAAUUCUUAAAGGAUCACAAAUUACGGCAUUAUGGGCUGCAGCCUUCCACCUGUUUCUACUGUAAAUUAACUGGAUCAACGAAAACGCUAUCGAAACACCAAAAGAUUUAUCAUUCCAAUCAACCGCCCAACAUAGUAUCCACGGAACUUCCUGCCACCGAUCCGCACACUUGGAUAAAGGAACUAAAAGACCGUAACGCCUACAACGUUAUUAUAUGCCUGCGAUGCCAGUCACCUUUAAUGGAGACAAAUGCCAAGUCCCACGUACACGAAGAUUCUGAACCAGUAUUUUGUAAAUUCGGAGAAGUUGUUGUAAAAUGCACGACCUGCUCCACAUUACAUAUGGAUGUCAAUAAAUUCUCAAUUCACUGCAAAUCUCAGCAUCCAGAUGAAGAUAACUAUGUGUUUUAUAAACUCACCCAAAACAAACUGCCGCAGUUCAGUUGCUCUCACUGCCCGCAGAAAUUUAGUCUAAAGAAAGAUUUAAAGACACAUAUCGAGUGUUCGCAUAUAGGCGAAGUAAGUAAGCAAACGUUUGAUUCUCUUCCGACUACCUCUGCUCAGAGUGAAGUGAUUUUAUUAGAUGAUGAAGAUGACGGAUCAACGUCUCGAAAAGUACAACCACCCAAUAGAAAAGUUGCAAGAAAAUCUACAACAAAGUUGCCAAAUGUUAGAGCUGUGGCGAAGAAAUCAACAACAAAGCUACCUUUUUCUGCACCACGUGAAGACGAAGAGUACUCGUAUUAUGGUACCAAACCAUCUACCGAUGAUCUUGACAAUAUAACAACUUUAAUGCCAUUUUAUAAUACCCUUAUGCCAUUUACCUACAAGAAGUUAAAAGAAGUGCUAAACAUUACUCCUCAAGUGAGAGUUGAAAAAAUAAGUAUUGUCGAGGAAAAGUGAUUGUAUAUAGAUUUAUAAUUAUGAACAAUUCCUAAAUGUCUACCUUUUGGGGAGUCUAAUCUGUGAUUCAAGCAUUCUUAAUUUAGUUUAUAAAUACCUUAACUCACUAGUUAUAUUUAAGAUUUUCUAGAUUUUAUUGAUUUUUCGACUGAUUUAGUGAUAGAUUCUUAAGUCAGAUUUAAUUUUGUUUGUUGUUUUGUCAGCGUUUUUUUAUUGUAAUUCAGAUUGUAACAAUUUGAUUACUAUGUAGGAGGUUGUGUUGAUAUAAAUUAUAUCAUGAAUGUAUGUACAUAAUUGCAAGAGUAUGUUGGUUAAAAUAACCAUUUUUUUUUCUUCCUAAGAUAGAAGCAAAUGAUUGUGCCGAAUCCAUUUGAUUUUGUCAGGUGUAAUUAUUUGUGCGGAAUAAAUCAGAUUUUUUUAUUA